UAUGUACAAGCACACACUGAAAGAAUACAGAAAUCCACAAAACUGAAAAAAAUUGAAAUAAGUUGUGGUAGAAAUAGCUUUUUGGUUUUGGUAUUCCUGUGUAUUUGAUUAUCAAUUUCAAGAUGAAAACAGUAUAAAACACUAUUAUUUUCUUUUUUUUUGUUGCCAGCAAAAAACAAACAAAAAAACAGACGAAAACCCAAAGCUUUCAUACAUAUUGUCAUUUUUAUGUUUUUCCAAUUUAAUCAAAUAAUUGUGUCAUCCUCACCCUGACUGGACCGAUACAAACAAAAUGUUCUGGACAACAGUAAGUACAGAAAAUGCUCUCAGCCUCUGUAGGUUGUUACUUUGAUUUCAGAACUUGGUAUUGGUGAAAGGUUACACAUGCAGUGUGAAAAGGGAGAAAGUGAACUUUAAACUCUUAUUGUCAGCUGACCAGAGAAAUAAUUACUGUAUGGGGCCCUGGCUCAACAGGAUCAGAAACAUUACACACAGUACUUUAACACACACUUCCAUGCAAGAAAAUAGAGUACAUUACCUACAAAAUGCUUACUUUAUUAUUGUAAUUUGUUCUCUAUUUUAACCUGAACAUUUUAACCUUUACUUGAAAGCCUUAUAGUGAGGACAUUGACAGAUUCUGAAAAGGGAUCUGAGAAACUGAAAGCAGAGAAAAGUGAACAGACUGUAGUGAGUCAGUAGGUGGCUUUUCAGGUUUCACAACAGAAUUUUAGAGCAGAGAGACAGGCUCGUCAGGCCAAGUUCAGUUCAGGAAUGUUAGCACGUAACAGGGUGGUGUAGAGAGAAGGACAGAGGGAGGGAGCCAAACAUAGGUGGGACAAAGUGCAGUGGAGAGAAAGAGUCAUAAAUGCAGUCAUAAUUACAGCUCUAGGCAGAAAUAAGCUAUACACUCUCCUUGUUCCACAGGCUACCAGUGUAGCUGACAACACUGAUAGGAGGAAGAGGGCCUUUCUCUGUCUUCUGAGUUGUUGUUUGCCACAUUAUUUACUACCUCUGUUAGAGCAGCUUUAGUCCAUAAGACAGCAGUCUUUCUUUGGAUUUAUUUUUCACCCAAACUUCCCAUUUCUAGGCAUGGAUUUGCUCCUGGAUUCUGGCUAAUUAUGACUGAUUUUCUCCCAGUUUCCUCAAAGUGUAACACAAUUCCCUAAAAUUUUUUUUUUUUUAAAAGGACUGGGAAUCAUUUACUAUGUCUGUGACUGCCCUGUUUAGGGGCAAGUGGGGGCCGAAGUCACAGGAAACCCCAGAGAAGCAUGCAGCAGCAGCGGCAGCUGUGGUUCAACAAAGCUAUGAGGUGGAUGAUGAUGAGGAUGACUCCAAGUUUGGUUUCAGCAGAGAGCCUAUCCGCAGGAACUCCCGGUUUUACCGUUCAGUGAGGAAGAAGAGGCUCGUCUCCUCUGAGAACUCUGAAAGUUCUACAAGGCUUGGUUUGGACCACAGUCCACAAAACAGAGUAGCAGGUUCCUCCUCUGACGCUAUUUUACCCCAAAAAUCCCCUUUAUUGCUUGGGGCUAGACGCCCUCAGCUUUCACCACAGCUCCAAUAUUCCAGAACUGUGUUGCCAAGCAAUAAUGAGGCUAACAGCAGACAUGCUCUGUACAACAAGGAUGCUGUGAAUAGGAGAAGAGGAGGAGUGGGAGGAGGGAGUGUGGACCUAUCUGCUGCCUCUUACAGCCGGAGUAGAGAUUUUACAGCUGGCAGGAUCACUUACCAGACUCACAGCAUUCAAAGUGGAGACAUAGAAAAGCUGUGUGAGCAAACCGCUGCAGCCUGCACUGUACAGGAGGUCAGAGGGAAAAUCAUGAGUUCACAACGGCCCACCUCAGAUGGAUCAGACCAGGAUAUCAUCAACCUCAGGUUGCUCAGCAAUGGAGAUGGACCCCAAACAAUAUGCCACAGCCUCAACAUUGUCAAAAACACUGCCUUCUUGUACCAGGAAUACCGCGACACCUCCAAGCAACAGGAGAUUGAGCAACGGCGGCAACGUGAGAGUCUUUCUCCUGGAGUCAUGGCGGGGCCUGUGGGGACAGGGUCUGGUGUCAUGUCCCCACCAGUGUUACAGUUGCAGUUGAGGAACAGUGCAUGCUCACUGAGCUUGUGGCAGAACCUGGAAGCUGUGCAGGCCAGCGGCCUGCUCACCCAGUUGCCACAGAAAGAAAUCAUAAUGCAAGAGGCCAUGUUUGAGCUUGUUACCUCAGAAGCAUCCUACUACAAGAGUUUGGAAAUUUUAGAGACUCACUUUCUUCAUAACCCUGUUUUAGUCAACACUCUCUGCCAAUCCGACAUGCAUUUUCUGUUCUCCAACAUUGAAGAAGUCAUGAAAGCCAGUGAACGGUUCCUUAUGGAUCUUGAGCACCAAAUUGAGAAGUCUAUUUUGAUUUCUGAUGUGUGUGACAUUGUUUACCAACACGCUGUUGAACACUUCAGUGUCUUCAUCAAAUAUGUCAUUAACCAGGUGUACCAGGAAAAGAACUACAGACGCAUUUUAGAAGGAAAUCAGGCAUUUCGGGAGGCCAUGGCUGCACUGGAGAACCAUCCACGUGUCAGAGGCCUGUCCUUUACCUCAUUCCUCAUCCUUCCUUUCCAGAGGAUCACAAGGCUCAAGUUGCUGGUACAGAAUAUCCUGAAAAAAGCAGAGGAAAACUCAGAGAGGGAGGCAAAUGCUAUUAAAGCACAUCAGCAACUGGGGCAGAUUGUCGAAGAAUGUAAUGAGGGUGUGCGAAAAAUGAGUCGCACUGAGGAGCUUAUCAGCAUUGAGAAAACACUGGAGUUUAAAUCCAAGUCUGUGCCGGUCAUUUCCCACUCGCGCUGGUUGCUAAAGAAGGGUGCGGUUCAACUGAUGGCAGGGCCCAAGAGCACUAGGACCAUGCGAAGCCGUAAGCUCUACCAACCAGUGUACUUGUUCCUUUUUAACAAUCUACUUCUGGUCACCAAGCGUAGCUCUAGUGGGGACAAGUUCCAGGUUCUAGACUCUUGCACUCGGGCCAUGCUGAGGACUGAAGAUCUUGAAGACCAGGGCCAGCUGCUGGCCAAUGUUUUUAAUCUUAAACUGUUGGAGAACCAAGAGGAACGUCCCGUCAACUACAUGCUCAAGACUUCCAGUAUGAGUGAUAAGCUUCGAUGGAUGUGUGCUCUCACUCCCAACCGACGCACACGCUUUAUGUCUACUAGUGCCCAGCAACCAGACUCUCUGCAGGUGCAGUGUAUUCAGUCAUACUCAUCCCAGGAGCCAGAUGAACUCUCCGUUGAGAUGGCAGAUGUACUGAAUCUCCUGGAGAGAACAGACAAUGGUUGGAUGAUGGGUGAAAGGCUCCACGAUGGAGAGAGGGGCUGGUUCCCUAGUAGAGUAGUAGAGGAGAUCCAGAGCAAGGAGGUCCGAGCUCAGAACCUUAGGGAAGCAUUUAGGAUCCAGCAGGCUCAGGAAAGUGGAGGAGGCUCUCAAACUGGAGCCAGGAUUGGCUUAAGGGUGGGUAGGCGUACCCCAAAGGUCUCCAACUUCUCCAAUCCUUGGAUCGAGCAAAUGGGGGAGAGCAGUGAACAAAAGCAGUGAAUCAGUAACAGCGACAUCAUCAUUUAGGGCCAUAUGCACGAAGAUGAAGGAUGCAUGUGACUUAAUUCCUGCACAAUUACAUUUUGAUUAUGAUUACUUAAUAGUGGAUGGUUUUUAAGAUCCACAGUUAUGGUCUCAGCGAUGUUAGACAAAUGAUGAAACACCAUGUAUAAGCACUGCUGCAUGUCUCAUAUAAACAUAUGCUGAAGAUGUUUUGUGGAGCAAAAUGUUUUGGGAUGGCAAGAACCCAAAAAGUUGAUUUUAAGUAACUUAUUGUGAAGGUACUGUAAACAUCCCUCAACUGCAUGGACAACUUUAAAACUUUUAAUAUGUUAAUUUCAUUGUGAAACACGUUCCAACACUGAAUUAUGUCCCACAUCCUUUGAAAGCCAAAUGUAAAAAGUUAAUUGUCUAAGUAAAAAAAUACAUAAAGUAGUAUUGUAUGACAAUGACUAAUGAUUAUUUAAAAACGUCUGUAUAUAUGGAUAUUCAAAUAAAUGAGUCAGCUAAAGUGAUAGUCCACCCAAAAUGUAUUUGUUCAGUAUGAAUUAUUGAUUGCAGUCAGAGUUUUUCUGGUUACAAAAGGUUCCUCCAUUGUAGAGAACACUGGCAGUAGUCAGCCUGGCCUUACAACAUUUACAACAGUUUUCAUUGCAGCUACAAAUGGAUCAGGGCAGGCAGCAUGAUCCACCAGUAUGUUCCAAACCUGUGGUUUAAAUACAGGAACACCCUGAAUACUGCAAAAUCAGUUUUUGAGACAGGUCUCAAAACAUUGCUCUUUUUUGCAUUUACAAAUAAAGUUUAAAGUACUAUAAUUAUGAUAUCUAUAAAUAAGAUACUUUUAUAAUUACAGUACUCUGCUGCAUAUUAGAAACACCUUCUUUAAGUCCAUAAGCAAAAAACAAUAAGCCCCUUAAAGGUUCUAUAUGUAGACUUGUGAAACGAAUUAGGGUUUUUUAUUGUGUUUUUGUUUGUUUUUGGGCAAAUGAGUGAAUGGGUACUAAUGCAACUUAAAAGAUACAACUUUCACCUACUUUCUCGGUUGCCUGUAAUAGCCUGUGGACCGUUUUCUAUUUGAACUACCCUGGACAGAUUUUUUGUGAAACUUCAAAUGAUGUGACGUUUUUGCGCGCCUUGCCUCUCUCCCUAUAAUGGUAAAUGGACUGUACUUAUAUAGCGCUUUUCUAGUCUGUUGACCACUCAAAACACUUUUACACUACAUGUCACAUUCACCCAGUCAUACACUGAAGACAGGGGUGCCACGCGAGGUGCCAAACUGCUCAUCAGGAGGGAACUUACAUUCAAAAAAUCAUUGGCUUAGCCAUUAGGAGCAAUUUGGGGUUAAGUAUCUUGCCCAAGGACACAUAGACAUGUGGACUAGAAAAGCCAGGAAUCGAACCACAGAUCUUUUGAUUGGUGGACGAGGGCUCUACCUCCUGAGCCAUAGCCACUACAAUAAUGUCAACAAACAACUGGCAUUACUACACAACACAACAACAAUGAAGCUAUCUGACCAGAAGCACCCUGUAGAUAUUAGCUCUAUCACCUGCAAUACUUGGGCUAUGAGCAUUCUUAAGCAUACAAUUAACGGUUACGGGUCUUGCUAUUGAGAAGGAAUUCCUACAUACAGAACCUUUAUCCUUUAAUUACAUAAAUACAUAAGUAAAUGAAAAGACACACUAGGUGUAGACUACAAUUACCUUUAGUUAGGAGACAUUUUCAGAAAAUUUCCUCACAAAACUUGCUUGAUUCUUUCCCCCCCACCUAUUUUUUUAUGGUAUAUGACAGGAUCUUCAAUUGCGUGACAGUUAUUUGGAUUGAGUGGCCAACAAAGGCCUAUUCUGCUUUGGAAAUACCACAAGCUGGACCCCCAGUUGUUAUAGUGUAACUGUCACACUGUUCCAAACAGUCCUCCUGUUGUCUUAUGCCAAGAAGAACAUAUUUUUUCUAACUGCCAGGAACCCAAGCUGACUGCAGUCUAUCUUCUCUGUCAAAGAGCAGAUGACACACCAACAGUCAUCUCCUAAGCCUACAUUGUUUCAUACUCAAAAGAUAGAUUUUGUGUUUAAUAUCACUUUAAAGUUGUCAAUAUAAUGAGUCUUGCGGUGGUUAGCAGUGUCGACUCACAGCAAGAGGAUUCUGGGUUCAAACCCAUCUGCUGGCUGUGGCCCUUCUGUGUGGAAUUUGCAUGUUCUUCCUGUCGCUGCGUGGGCUCUCUCUGGGUACUUCAGAUUCCUCCCACAGACCAAAAACAUGCAGUGUUGGUUAAUUGGUCACUCUAAAUGCCUGUGAGUGUGAGUGGUUGUCUGUCUCUAUAUAUGUUAGCCCUCUGAUGGACUAGCAACCUGUCUAGGGUGUACCCGCCUUUCAGCCAAUGUCAGCUUGGAUUGGCUCCAGCACCCCCAAACCUCUAAAGAGAAUAAGUAGUAUAGAAAAUGAGUGAAUGAAUGAAUUAAAAAGAAUAUAACAGAAAUAUACACAAACAGGAUAAAUUAUGCCAAAUAGCUGCAAUAUGUCAUAACUGUAUAGUUUAUCAGCAUUAUAAACAACUAUGGGACAGCAUGAUUGUGAGCAUUUUAUGUCUUAACAUACUGUAUGUGUACAAUAAUGCAACAAUGUUAUGUUUAAAGUGAUAAUUAUUAAAAAUUAU